AUGGAGAAUAGAGUCGUCGUGAUCACAGGUGGUGCAUCCGGUAUAGGCCUAGAGACAGCUAAAUUGCUCGCCUCAAAGGGUGCAAGAGUAUCACUCGCCGAUGUCCAAGAGGAAGCCUUGAACACAGUGAUCAAAGAGAUCCAGGGUUCCGGGGGCGAGGCUAUGGGCAAAGUCGUGGAUGUGCGCAACAGGAAUCAAGUUGAAGAUUGGAUUGCUACUACGGUCGCCGAGUAUGGGAAAAUCGACGGUGCAGCAAACCUUGCCGGUGUUAUUGGGAAAGGGAUCAAUGUGACCCCCCUCGAGGAUAUUGACGAUGAGGAUUGGGAUUUUGUCGUUGAUGUGAACCAAAAAGGGUUGCUCAAUUGUCUCCGUGCUCAAGUUCCACAUCUAAACGAGGGAGCGUCGAUAGUGAACGCUGCAAGCGUGGCUGGUAUUAUUGGUUUCCCCAAGAACGCGGCCUAUGUGGCAUCCAAGCAUGCUGUUGUUGGCUUAACGAAGUCAGCAGCGAAGGAACUGGGUCCUCGGAACAUCCGAUGCAAUUGUUUCUGUCCUGGGCCAAUCGAGACACCGAUGUUUCGACAAUCCGCAAGCAUCCGGGGCACCGAGAUGGAUCUCAGUCACAUCGCUCUGAGACGAAAAGGACACCCUAGAGAGGUGGCGACACUUAUCGAGUUUUUGUUGUCAGACGGCUCGUCCUUUAUGACCGGUACCGUGCAGCAUAUUGACGGUGGAUGGGUCUGUUAG